AUGGAUGAAGACCAGCAUUCUGAUUCUGAAGAAAGUAUAACCCUGUCACCAGAAUUCUGGUUCUGGAAGAAUAAUAAGAAUUCUGUUUCAGCUGCUACCGAAACCCAAAGCAAGACAGAAGCAUGGUUGCAAACAGUUAUCCCUUCAGGCGCUCAAGUCUCUGAAGAUUCUGUGAAAAUUGAUCCUGAAACUAAACCACAGACCACCAUUCACUCACCUGUUCCUCUACCAGGCAGCAUUAUUAAUUAUUCAGAGGAGAUACAAGAACUGCCUUCAUGUGUGAUUAAAAGUAUGGUGAUUGAAGACACACCUAAGGAGGACAAUGGAGAGGGAAACUCCUGGCUGCACAAGCUUGGAAUGACUAUCAACAAGUGGUCAUUUCUGAAUUCUUUGGUUGGAUGGAGUGAAAACAGAGCUCUAGGAAAAGUAGAUCAUCUGAACCCAUCUGGAGCUUGUUCUGAUGCUAGCUGCAAAACAACUGAGUUGGAGGAAUGUACCACCAAAGAAGAAGUGCCAUAUAUUCCGUAUAAGAUAGCUACAUCAUAUAUCAUCAAGAUUGUAAAAGACAUGCAGCAAAUGAAAAAAAACCACAUGAGGGUAAUCAGACAACUAGACAACAUAAGGAAAAAAAAACAGGAGCAGAGAAUAACAGCUAUAAAGAAACAUUAUAGUGAGAAAAUGAGAAGUUUCAAAUGCCAGUUGGAAGCUUACCGAGAGCUGAUGAACAAGAGCAAUACACACCAGCAAGAUACAAUUAAGAGCCUGAGGGAAAGAAACAAACAACUGAUCCAAGAGAAAGACGAUCUCCUUCACCAAAUGCAGCAACAAACAGAACAAUGGGAAGAAGAAAAGGUCUGGAUUCAAAAAAAUUUGCAUAAAAACAUAGAUUAUCUUUAUACACAGCACACACUGACUUUGCAGGAACUUCACAACAUCAGUCUAUACGUGAAAAGAAUGCAUAGCCUCGUGAAUUUCCAGAUAAAAAAGCUUCAGCAAAAGUCUGAAAAAACAGAAAGAGAAAAAGAAGAUGUGUCAGUGAUUUUACAAUUAAAAACAGAACAAGUAGCUAAUGAAGAAGAGGAGCCUGAAUGGUCAAUGGAAAAGGGAUAUUUUUGGCAAGCAUGCACCAUCUUGCAAAUGAUACAGCUGUCUUUACAGAAACGAGAGAGAGAAGUCACUGAGAUCCUAUGGAGUGAAAGAAGAUACAACAAGGCAAUGAAGCCUCAAAUUGCAGUACUAGAAUUCAUGAAAACUCUCAUCAAGAAGGUCCACACCAUAUAUUGUGAUGUCCCUGAAGCACAACAGUACAUCAGUCAGCUUAUGAGGAAGAACGAGGAUGAAAAGGCUGAUUGGAAAGAAGUCUUUAAUAUUGCUCAAGCUGAUAUUCUGUCAUAUGAAGUAUUUAAUGGAAAGGAGCCUAUGGAUGAAAAAAGGACACAGAUCUCAAUGCAGCUUUUCAGAAAUCUUGGGAAUGCGAAGUCUGAAUUAGAAUAUGUUGAAACUGAGAAAAUUGUGUUUGAUUGUAUCCAGACAGGGGAAAUCCCCAAUUGGAUUGAAAGGGAUUGUCUUUAUGUAGCCUUGACAGAAGAUCCUGCAACAUUAUCUGAGGAGACAGUGCCACCAUCCAGAGGAGCUCUUGCAGAAGUUUAA